ACCUACAACACUACGGCAACCCACAAACAACCAUAGCUCACUCCCACUUUUGGUGGCGGAAGCUCCUCCACAAACACAACAAUAAGGUGGACUUUUUAAAUCCCAUUUCGUAUAUUCCAAUCUUUAAGGCAUAAUAAUCCAUUUGAAUUGCUUAAUCCAUGGCCACCACCAGCAGCAGCUCCAGUAGCAACAGCAAGAAGGAAAAUCAAGUUCUUAUAUUGGGUCGGUACGAAAUUGGGAAAUUACUAGGCCAUGGUACAUUUGCAAAAGUGUACCUUGCUAGGAACAUCAAAACCAACGAGUGCGUAGCCAUAAAGGUGAUUGAUAAAGAAAAAAUCCUCAAAGUAGGACUAAUUGGCCACAUAAAACGCGAGAUCUCGAUCCUGAGAAGAGUUAGGCAUCCAAACAUUGUUCAAUUAUACGAAGUUAUGGCAACCAAAGCCAAAAUCUAUUUCGUGAUGGAGUAUGUGAAAGGUGGAGAGUUAUUCAAUAAGGUUGCUAAAGGCAGGCUUAAAGAAGAAGUUGCUCGAAAAUAUUUCCAGCAAUUAAUUUCAGCAGUGGCGUUUUGUCACGCCCGUGGGGUGUACCAUAGAGACCUAAAGCCAGAGAAUAUAUUAUUAGAUGAAGAUGGGAAUGUUAAAGUGUCUGAUUUCGGUCUAAGUGCUAUUUCUGAACAGAUAAAGCAAGACGGCUUGUUCCACACUUUCUGUGGUACCCCUGCUUAUGUUGCACCUGAGGUUUUGGGUAGGAAAGGGUAUGAUGGAGCUAAAGUUGAUAUUUGGUCAUGUGGGGUCAUACUUUUUGUGUUAAUGGCAGGCUACUUACCAUUUCAUGACCAGAAUGUUAUGGCUAUGUAUAAGAAGAUUUACAAAGGUGAAUUUAGAUGUCCUAGAUGGUUUUCCUCUGAAUUGGCUCGUUUCUUAACUCGACUUCUUGAUACAAAUCCUGAAAGGCGGAUCACAAUUCCGGAGAUAAUGAACAAUAGGUGGUUCAAAAAGGGGUUUAAACAUGUGAAAUUUUAUAUAGAGGAUGACAAGUUAUGUAGCAUAAAUGAUGAUGUGGAUGAUAAAGAAGGAGUUGAUUCUUCGUCUGAGCUGUCAGAGUCAGAGUCUGAAAUGGAGAUAAGAAGGAAGCCGCCUAGUUUGCCUAGGCCUGCUAGUUUGAAUGCAUUUGAUAUCAUUUCAUUUUCGCGUAGUUUUGACUUGUCUGGUUUGUUUGAGGAUGGAGAGGAUGGAGGGAGGUUUAUAUCGGGGGCUCCGGUGCCUAAGAUCAUAAGUAAAUUAGAGGAAAUUGCUAAAGUUGUGAGCUUUGCAGUGAGGAAGAAGGAUUGUAGAGUGAGUUUGGAGGGGUCUAAGGAGGGUGCAAAGGGACCUUUGACUAUUGCAGCUGAGAUAUUCGAGUUGACACCAUCUUUGAGAGUUGUUGAGGUGAAGAAGAAAGCAGGAGAUAGAGUGGAGUACGAGGAGUUUUACCAUAAGGAAUUGAAGCCUGGGUUACAAAAUCUGACGCUUGAAGUUGAUGGUCCUGUCGAUUCAUCGCAUUUGCCUUCAGAUACUGAGUAGAAAGAAAAAGAAAGGAAAAAGGGAAAAAAUUAUCAAGUCAACAUGCAAUUAAUUCUACUCUAUAACUGAAAAAAGGAGAAAAUUUCAGGUUUGACAUGAAGCUCUCUGCCUCUGCCCAUGAAGGAAUUGAAAAAACAGAGCAAAAAAAAAAAAAGAAAAGAAAAGAAGAGAAGAAGAAAAAGGAAGGAAGAACGAAAGAAAGAAAGAAAAAGCUAUAUGAUAAGCUAGCAAAAUGUAAUUUGAAACCUGGUGAACAUUGGGUCCCUAUUCUUUACUAUAGCAAAUCAUGCACCAUCUACAGAAGCUGUUAGACUCAAGGAUGAGUCUUUUCCAACCAGGGGGAAUGAUGCAAGAUCAAGAAGGUCGAGAAUCCAGAAAUUCAAGAAGUCCAAGAAUCCAUUCAAGAUUAUAAUCUCUUUUCUAUAAAGAUUAGGAUUUCUUAUUUCUUGUUUCCUAGUAAUUUGAUUCUUGUUUUAGUAGUAUUAUAUUUAUAUUUCUAGUCAAACUAGGAUUAUUAGUUGGUAGUCUAUUCCUACUAGAAUUCUUUUUCCUAUUUUAGUUAGGACAGGUUUUCUUAGCCUUAUUCUUAUUCUAGAUUAAUUAGGAUCAGUUUUCCUUAUCCUUACCAAUUUUACUCAUUCUAAGACCUAUUUAAAGUGCUCAAUAUGCUAAAAAUAAACAUGAGUAAUUAGUUUCUUUGACUAUUAGCUUCAAAAAUGUGAU